AUGUCGAAACUAUUUGAAUCCAACGAGCUAGAGAUUGCCUCUUCAAGCAGCCCAGUCAUCACAAUUUCACCACUCAAUCGAUGCUCAGCUGAGGUUGUGAUCGGCGGAGACUAUUUAUACACAAGCGCAUACGAUGCACCCACCAAGCCACGCACUGCUCAAUUAGAAGCAUGGUUGACAUCGCCUUUAAGUUCCGACUCAUGGAAUCCCCUCAGGACAGUGUGGACUAAGAAAUCGCCGAAACCAUCAGUCCCUGACAUCUAUACCUGGAGGGGCGCAAUAAAGGGUUCAGGUAGUGGGGAGUCUACCUCUCCUCCCGAAACCAAGCAACACAGUACCAAUAUCUGGCCCUUUAAGCGAUCCAGAUCCAAAGGGUCCAACACCAAGAAAGACGACCCACCAAGAAAGAGUCGACUCCAUUUCAAUUUUCUCAAAAAACCAAACACCGGAGCGACAGUGGAGGGAGAAAGUACCAAACUGGCAUUGGAUCUUCUUCCCCCAACCCAGCUUACCCCUCCAACUCGGCUUACCCCUCCAACCCGGCGGCCAAACUUGCAAAGACCCCUAGAAGUUAAAAUCGAAGAGGAGAAAGACCAUUCCAAUGCUAUUGUCUCUAAUAUCAGCGCCGCCCCAUCCACAUAUAGCGACAGCUUGAAACUUGUGGAGAAGCCAUCCCUUGAGGCGGUCGAUCAUACGAAGCGGGAAGAGUGGAGCUGUCUUUCCGAGACUAGUAAUACAGAGACCGACUCCGAGUUAAUAGCCAGAUCCGAAAUAUCCAGUGUCGGCAAUGAUGCUGAUGAUAUCUUCUCCACCCUACCCAAUAAUAUUCUAGCCCAGAUUUUUUCUAACCAGGAUAUUUCUAACUUGGGGAGUAGAACUCAUCCUUCUAGAAAGGGGGUGAAGGGGAAAGGAAAAGCUCCACCAGUCGAGCCUGGGGAAAGCUCAAGGUUGGAUCAAAGUUACAGUAAAUGUCCGAGCACUAAUGGUAGAAAACGAAAAUGUUUGGAUUCUGGGGAUGGAAAUGAAGAGGAAGAUGAGGAUAACAUCAGAGACACAAAGAAGGAUAAGCUACAAACGACAUGGCCACCACAGCUUUGUCCAGCCUACCUGGCCGACCCUUUUCAUGUUGAUUUUCUUCCAGGAGGAAGGUUCAGCCGAUAUUGCACAAAGCAUGUUCCAAAGAUUCCUCAACACAUGAAACGUUACCAUAUAAAGCCAAAACAGUGCGGUACCUGUGGUUUCCGGGGAGAUGCAGGGCAGGUUAAGGACCAUGAGAAAACCUCAUGCCAGAGCAAGCGAUUCGAUCCAGUUUCCCCCGAGGACCAGAAGAGAGAGGAGCUCUUAAAAAAGCGCGCUCCUUGGUGUGAGAUAUUUGAAAAUCAAAUGGGUUCUGAUGUGUCAAACUAUCCGGAAGCAGAAAAAUAUGUCGCUUGUCAUGAGGCCAGCCCGGACUUUGUUAGGUCCUUUACUGAUUAUCUGGAACCAAUAUGGGAAUCGAUAAUUAAUGGCUACUACGAGUCAUCUGAUUACCAAAUGUUCUCUAAAAAGUAUCCAAGUGUGAAUUUUGGUCCAAAUUGCCCAUCCACGCCAAGGUCGCAGGUCGAAAAAAUCUUUGUAGAAAGCUUCCACCAGCUAUUCCCCGGCCGCCCUCCCCGAACGUUUGAAAGACCAGCAACGACUACACAAAAGACAGCAGUGGCAGUGGCGGCAGCUGCGGACGCGGUGGCAGAAACAGCAGCAGAUAAUUAUCCCACGCCGCUCUCCGCAAGCUCGCCCGAAAAAGAAGGAACGACGCCUCCGUCCCAGGCCAGUCCAAGCAGUCCACAAACCGACGACACGCCUCAGCUCCCAGAUGCCGCUCAGUUAGAGGUUAAAUCAAAUCGUCUAGCAGCCCGAGACCUGUCUUUGAUAUCUUCGCUAGAUUCUUCACAAACAUAUGGUACCUCUGAAAAUAGUAAACUUCCCCCGGCCCCGGCGCCUGCUGCCCACCAAAUCUCGGCCGAGGGCGUUAUUCCAUUCAACAAUCAACGACUCUCUACCUCUAACAUGCCUGGUACUACCGAGAGAAAUAACUCGUCUCAAUCUUCAGCACACCAUCCCGUCGAUACCUCUCGGAUUUCAUCCCAACAGCCAAUCCAGUAUAGCGUCCCAAUAAGCGAUAGCACAAUAACUGCGUCCCACUCUUCCCCCAUGGAAAUUGAUGUAUUUCUCAGCAAUGAACCCCCCUCAGUUCAUGAUGAAAUAUAUAGAUCUUCCAUUUCUAAUGUCGAUGGCGCUCAAAAUUUGGCCCCCCUUCCUGCAUUGAAUGAUUUCUCGCCAGUUUAUUCUGAAGUGCUUGGUCAACCUGAGAUGACUGCCGCCCGCGAGCCCUUAACCCAGGCCUAUACAAAUUUGAAUAUGAAUAUUCCGUAUGGCUUUGCUCUAAAAGACCAAUCAUUACCAGAGUUAUCUCAAUAUCAACAAAAUCACCUACUUCCUAACGGACAAUCCUCGAUCUUACCUCCAAAUCUUGAUCAUAAUUUCAGCAUACCUUCAGAAAGCUCUUUCAGGCAUACAGAAACCCUUCAACCAGUGGCGUACGAAGGCCUAGGCUAUCUCCACCACGCCCCAGACGCUUCCGCGGCUUCAAAUAUCCAUGUCGACAAAUGGCAUUCUCACCAGGGCGACACACAACUAUUUGACCUAUCGGUGCCGGAGGGUGCUGUCGGUAUUCAGAAAAACAUAUGCAAACACCCGCAUGAUGGUUUCCUAACAACCGGGGCUCCUUUAAACCCUACUGAAUCUCAUUUCUCGGUCGCCGGUAUUGGAAGUUCUUCACAUGGAAAUACAGAUCCCUUACCAGGUUCAAGUUGCAACGCGGAGAGCGGAAUCCGGUACCUUUACGAGGGUGGCGAGACAGUUGGUCAGAUCAGCAGCUUCGAAGCCAACAACUGUGAUGAUUGGUCCGAAGGCGCAGGAGACAUCGCUUGA